AAAGAAGAAGCCAGAUUGUAAACGGAAGUGCGGCCCAUCCUGGGCAGGCAUGUUUGGGGAGGGCUCCCACCUCCCAGUCCUCGGAAGGAGCCUGGUCCUGCCUCUCCGGUGGUCAGAUUAGCCUGAGGCAGCCCCUCCACACAGCCUCCCCUCUGGCCUAGAGGCGCUGCUUGUUUUCUCAUCCUCCCGAGGAGAGCGGAGAGCGAGGCCAUGGGUCUGCCCCUGCUGCUGCUCCUGCUGCUGCCCCUGCUGCCGCCAGCAGCUCUGCAGGCUGGUGGCUCAGCAAAAUGCACUUCAAACCUUAAUUAUGAAGUCCACCAACCAGAGCACCUCUCAGCCCCUGAGGGUGGCUCCAUCGACAUCCCCUUCUCCUUCUGUUACCCCUGGGAGUUAGCCAGCGACCCCAACGUGCGUAUAUCCUGGAGAUGGAAAGACUUCCAUGGAGAGUUCAUCUACAACACAACCCCGCCGUUCACCACCUCACCGUUCAUCCAUAAGGAUUUUAAAAACCGCCUCUCCCUGAACUGGGCAAAGGGCCAGAGGAACGGCUCCCUCCGGAUCUCCAACUUGUGGAGAGAGGAUGGACGUAGCUACUUCUGCCAAGUCCGGUUGACCACACGGAACGAAGGCGAGAAGGUGUGGCAGUCCAUCCCAGGGACCAAACUCACCAUCACCAGAGCCACUGAGAAAACCACCAAGGACCCCACCAGCACCAGCACCACCACCACAGAUGGCCUCGGUGUCCCAGGGAACAAAGGGAGAUCAGGGUUUUGGCCCUUGAGUAAGGAAGUUGUGGUCAGCAUGGCAGUGGUCAGCACUGUGCUCAAAAUUGCAAUUUUAGGACUGAUGGUCUACCUCAUGUGGAAGAGAAGCAAAGGGGAUCCUUCCAUAACACUGAGGAGAAGCACGAGAACAUGGGGCAUAAAGGUUGACAGCAUCCUCUAUGCCUCCCUUACCCUCUCCAACUCAACCUCACCCUCACCGACAGCACCUCCCAGCCACCUUCUCCACGAGAGCCCCCAGGAAGAGACCCUAUACUCUAUGUUAAAGACCUAAGGAGUGUGACUGAGUGACGACCUCCUUAGAGUAAGCUGCACAGAAGGAUCACCACUUCCCAUAACAAUCCCAGCCAGACACCGAUGACUCAGAAGCCAGCAGGGGUCAAAGGCCACCAAGGACCGAAGAAAAAUAGCCAUCUGCUCCAGUUCCCUCUUCGUCUCGUUCCCUUGCCCACAAAAAUAAAAGUACCUGUAGGAUUUGCCUGCAUGCAUCUAGGAAAAAAAAUUGAUGUCACCUUCAACUUCUGUCCUUCUUGCCAAAUAUAAACUACAAUACAUAGCUCAUGCCCAAGACCCCUCCUCUAGUGCUUCUGCUCAAUGACUGCAAGUCCCUGAACACUGUUAGGCAGCUGUAACCCAAGGUCUGCCCUCCAGCCCAACCACUCUACUUCCCUUACAAUUUAAGCCUUUACAUGCAUCACCUCACUUAAACAUAAGCAACCCUAUAUGGCAUAGGAUGUACUCAUUUGAGACAUGAAAUGAAGAACCAGAAUGGUUUCUGUGCUUUUCUCAAGGCCACACAGCUAGCAAAUGGCGAGCCAGGAUUUGAACUUACUCCUUCUCUUCUCGAUGUCCUUCACCCAGGACUAAGAUGUCAUUGCCUUCCCAGAUUCCUAUACUGUACAGGCCUCCCACAGAAACAAUGAUGUUAGUGACACGGAGGAGGAGGGAGAGAAGCCAAAAGGAAGCAUCUACUUAGGGAUGACCAAACCAAGUAAACCAGUAACCGGUUUAGUUAACAUAUAAACUGGUUUAAUUUAGUCAAUUCACCUUGUAGCCAGUGACUAACCCCAACACAUACCAGCUCUAUGUACCUUCUGAGAGGCUCUCCUCCUGUUCCGGAGGAAGAGAGCAAAGGAGCACAAAAGGACUCCUCAAAGAAGCCAUGUUGAACUCUGGUCAUCUGUAUGCUGUGGCUUCACCCUCUGUUCCAACUCUUCCCCCAACAUCUUCCAUGAGUUGCUACAGGUUCAGUUCACUGGAGGUUUCAUCGUCAGCGGGUACACUACCAGCCUCCUGAGGCAGUGGCUCCUGGGAUCCAGGUCCUUCUGUCCCCACCAGGAGCUGGCCCUUUGGCACCAUUCUAGCCUCUUUUUCCUCAGACUUUUUUGCAAAUGACAUGAUAGUCCACAUAGAAAACUUGAAAGAAUUAACACACACACACAAAAAAAUACAACACACAAAAAGACCCUCAUGGACCUAUUCAAUGAUUAUAGCAAGGUUUCAGGUUACAAGAUUCAUAUAUAAAAGUCAAUUGAUUUCUCACAUACCAACAAUGAACAAGUAGAACUUGAAAUUGAAAGCAUAAUACCAUUGACAUUAGCAUCCUCCUCAAAAAUGAAAUACUUAGGUAUAACUCUAACAAACUAUAUACAGAUCUAUAUGAGAAAAAUUAUAAAACUCUGAUGAACAAAAUCAAGAACUAAGUAAAUCAAGUGAUAUUUCA